UUUAUAAUAUUUGGAAUUUAAAUUACUUUACUCCAAAAAACAACUUCUUUUUACUUUACUCCAAAAAACAACUUCUUCCGGUUACUCAUAUCCGUUUCUCCACACUCACCUUUGAUCGUUUUCCAACAACUUUUCCUCCUCUCUAAAUUUUGUUCGAGUUCUCACUCUCACCACGUGCGGGGCUCCAAAUAACAGCUGCUGCCUCUGAAAUGUCAUCGCGAGGCUAAAGAUUUCCAUUUCUCACAAAAUUUGCCGUUUCGGCAUAUAAUCUGUGCUCUGUGUUGGCUGGCCGACGAUGAUUGAAUUGGCUCAUUGGCUCAUUUAUGCGUACUUAAUGAUCCGUGUCGCUUUACCAACAACAGCGUCGGCAAUCCCUCGAUCCAUAUCCACAUCACCGGGUGAAACAAUCUCAAAAAAUCAUGAAGAAGAAGUGAAAAGAGUAUGGAGAAAAGCUGAUGCUGUAUGCUUUGACGUUGAUUCUACAGUAUGCCAGGACGAGGGAAUCGAUGAGCUUGCUGCCUACCUGGGUGUGGGUGAAGCCGUCGCCAAUGUGACACGGACGGCGAUGAACGGCAACGCCCGCUUCAGAGAUGCUCUUGCCGCCCGUCUUCAGGUAAUGAAACCAAAUCACGAGCAACUUGAACAAUUUGUGAAUAUUUCCAAACCAAAGCUCACUGUUGGAAUUCGAGAACUUGUGAGCCGUCUUCAUGCUCGUGGAACUCACGUAUAUCUUGUCUCUGGUGGAUUUAGACGACUUAUUCUUCCAGUUGCUGAACUUCUUGGAAUUGAGAAAUCUCGAAUUUAUGCAAACGAGAUUCUUUUCGAUAAAUUCGGAAAAUAUCACGGAUUUGAUACUUCUGAAUUGACGAGUGACUCGGGAAGCAAAGAGACUGGCAAACCGGCUGUGAUAGCUCUUCUGAAAAAGAUGUACAACUACAAAACAGUUGUGAUGGUUGGUGACGGAGCAACCGAUGUUGAAGCUUCACCCCCAGCUGAUGCAUUCAUUGGAUUCGGUGGAAAUGUCAUUAGAGAAGGUGUAAAGGCUCGUGCCAAAUGGUACGUCACCGAUUUCGAUGUUCUUCGGAAAGAUCUCGAUCAUGAUGAGUCUGAUAUUGACGACGAGUAGAUAAUUCAUGUAUCUGUACAUAUCGUUUUUCUUUUUUUUUCAUAUAUUUUCCACACGUUCUCAGUUGGCUUUACUGUGCGGUUUUGAGCAUUUUGAGCAUCAUUUUCUAAUCACCUACUAGCGUAUUUCUAUUUUUUUUUUCUCUCACUGUGAAUUUUUCCCUUCAUGUACCAGCAAACUUUUGUCUUGUUGUGCCAUAAAUCUUCUACCACAU